AUGGAGUAUCUCAUCCGCAUGGAGGCCACUUGCGACAGCCUUGCGCCAGCGGGGCGUGCUCGCCUGGUACAAGGCGCAUCCUAUGCGCGGCUCUCAAAAUUCCAGCGGCACUUGCCCAAAGUGGCUGCAAGGCUGGCGGCCGUCAGCAACAUCCAGGAGCACCAGGCCGAGAACGGGUGCUUGGUGGAAGACAUGAUGGCAGCAUGCCGAGACAGCCUCGACAUCUUGGAACGCACAUGGCGGGAGGAAGACGACGCGUGUCAAGAGAUUGACUUGGAAGUGGGUUCGAAGCCCUUGACCAAGCGGCUACCCGGAUCUUUGCUUCAAGACCAGCAAUGUCGCUGUCUGCUGAAGGCGCUUCCAAACCUUCAAGUCGCAGACUUGGAAAGCCUAUUGCGGGGGCAUUUGCCUUCUGUCGGGGACGAUGCCGCGCUGCGUCGGAUGCUGGAAUGCUUCCGCGAGGACAGCUCUGAGCGCAGGUCUGGCUCCUUUCAUCCCAGCUCCGUCAAGGAGACGCCGCAUAUGUACAAGUCGCGAUCAAACAUCCUGCCACAGAUCCGCGGGGAGUACACCAUGCGGGCCAUGCGCAACGAAGGCAGAUUGAGCCCCUUGGGCCCCCUCUCAGAGAUACUCAGCGCCGCAGUCGCCACCAAGGAGACGGCCUUGCAGCCGGGCCGGAGACCUCACACCCUGAGCCGAGCGGCGAGAAGUCCCUCUGGGCCCCGCUUGCGAGGCGUGCAUGCGCCCUUGACCUGGUCCAAGACUACAAGUCAUAAGCCCUUAGCCGACGUCUUGAAGGAAGCCAAAGCGACCAUGGCGGGGGUGAUGAUGCCCAUGCCUCGCCUGGUGCCAGCGGCUAGCAUGCGGCGCUCGGCGAGCAAGUCGCGUGCAUUGCCAGAGCUUCCGGAGGUUCGGGGCUCUGAUGGUGUGCGCGCUGACAAGGAAGAGACGCCCAGGAUGAGAGUCUCUCAAGCUUCUGCGACAAACCUGAAGUUUGACAUUGAGCUGUGA